AUGGCUCGCAGCGACGAAACCGCUAGCUACCGCUUCAACCACACAAUGUAUCGCAUCAAGGACCCCAAGGCUUCCUUGGAGUUCUACCAGGAUGUUCUUGGCAUGGAGCUGAUCGAUAAGAUGCAGAUGGAAGAGUUCACGUUGUACUUCCUGGGCUACCAGCACCAGCAUGGUGUUUCCCGUUCUAAGCGUGAAGGCUUGCUUGAGCUCACUCACAACCACGGUUCUGAGAAUGAUCCGAACGUGUCGUACCACACCGGCAACUCUGAACCUCGUGGCUAUGGUCACAUCUGUGUGUCUGUGGCGAACAUUGAGGAGGCUUGCGCUCGUUUCGAGAAACUUGGUGUCAAGUUCCAGAAGCGCUUGACUGAUGGUAAGAUGAAAAACAUUGCCUUCAUCUUGGACCCUGAUGGUUACUGGGUGGAGAUCAUCCAGCAAGAGUGA